CAGACACCGAAACGGUUGUUAAAUAAAGAAAAAAAAUAGUAGUAAAGUUGGUUGAACAGCACAACAAAUUCUAAAACCCUUCCUUUCUUUUUCAAUUUCGUAAACAAGAAUUAGUCAUCCCACCUUAAAAAGGUGGUGGUGGUGCCCAACAAACAAAGUCUUUCUUCUUCUCAAAGAUCCCAACACAACACGAACACAGUUCAAACUGAAAAUCCUUCCUGUCUGGGACAAAUCGCAUGAAAAAAACCCACCCCACGGGUAAUUGAACAGAGAAUUCUUCCGAAUUAAGGUGUUUCUAUCAUUGAACCCUAGCAAAAUUCCACUAAUUCGAUUGGUUGGAUCCACGAUCUUAGUGUUUCUAUAACCUAACCUGGUGAUUCAACUCCUGUACUGAUUGCGUAAUCAUGCAUCUCAUGGAAUUCUAAAAUAUGGUUUGGGGAGAGAGAGAGAGAGAGAGAGAGGGGUUUUGCAUUCCUCUUGUAGUAUUGUAUUAGGCUUCAUAUUUGGCAUGUUGGGAAAAAGUUGAUCGGUUUAUCUUCCUUGGGGCUUUACAUUACAGGGUCUGGUGGGUAAUAAAUAAACUAAUGCUAGGAACAUGGGAAAGAGAGGGAGUUGGUUUUCUGCAAUCAAGAGGUUUUGUACAUCAUCAAACUCCAAACAGAAGAAGCCAGUGAAUGAGGCUGAGAAGAAAAGUUUGAAGAAACAUGGAGGUGGGAACAGAUCAUUCAUUCCCCUUUUCAGAGAGCCAAGCAGUAUUGAGAAAAUCUUGGGGGAAGUUGACCAACAGAAUUUAUUUAUGGCUCAUCCUCAUCCUCCUACUCUUUCCCAGCAAUCAUCAGAAACACAACAAACUGGAAGGCCUCAAUCUCCUCCUCCUCCUCCAAGCCCAAGGGCCACCUCUCCUCCUCCUCCUCCUCCUCCUCCUAGAGUUGCUCAUCAACAAACAAAAAUUAUUAGUGACAGACCAGAACCAACUCUACAACAACGGCACCUUUCUGCAACAAGGAUCCAGGCUGCUUAUAGAGGUUACAUGGAAAGGAGAAAGCUUAGAGGUUUGACAGGUCUUGUGAGGCUUCAGGGAGUGGUAAGAGGUCAACAUGUGAAGCGACAGACAGUCAAUGCCAUGAAACAGAUGCAGCUCUUGGUUAGGCUUCAAACACAGAUUCAGUCACGUAGAAUGCAAACAAUAGAAAAACAAGCACUCAAAUGCCAAGCACAAAAGGCCUCAGCCUCAGCCUCAGCGUCAUGGGUUGGCAAGAACCAAUUGGAGAUGGGUGAUGAAGAUUGGGAUGCUAGCUUGAUUACAAAAGAGGAAAGAGAAGCAAGGUUGCACAGAAAAGUGGAGGCAUUGAAUAAGCGAGAAAGAGCCAUGGCAUAUGCAAAUUCCCACCAGGUAGAGUUGUGGAAAGCUGCACCGAAAUCAGCACAAAACACUCUAAUGGGAUACCCAUGGUGGUGGAACUGGUUAGAGCGUCAACUGCCUUUGAAUAGCCAAUCUGCUGUAGAGAAUCAUCAACUGACGACACCAAGUCCUCAGUCAAGCCUUGGGCGGCAGAAGCAAGCGAUUAGACCAUCAUCAUCAUCAUCAUCACCAUCAACAAGGUCCAUGGCUCCUUCAAGAACAAGACAACAGAUGACUCCUCCUCCACCAUCAAGAAUGAUGAAAUUUUCCAAACCAAGAGCAAGAGGAGGUUCUCCUUAUCCAGUGAAGGAUGAUGAUAGCUUGAUGAGCUGCCCACCAUUUUCAGUCCCAAACUACAUGAGUCCUACACUUUCAGCCAAAGCUAAAGCAAGACCAACAAGUAAUCCUAAAGAUAGGAUGCCAGGCACUCCGGGCAGCAUCUCCAUGUCGGUCUCAUCUCAAAGGAGGUUUUCUUUCCCUGCAACUCCAAGCACCAGAGGAGGAUCCCGUAAGUCUCCAGGGUCUGUAGGGGAUUUCAGUGUGGAUUCUUCAUUUUCCAUCGGGAGGAAGCCAUUUAACAGAUUUGUGUGAUUUUUACUUUUUAUCAUUUCAUUUCUUGUGUUUUUUUUAUAUCUAUAUGUUGUUACUUUUAACACGGGUGUAUGUAUGUAUGUAUUGAUGUGUGGUAAUAAAAAGACACUUC